AAGACAAAGAGAGAAAAUUUUGGAAGGUAAUAUGUGAAGAUUAAGUGUUAAGUUUGGAGAGUCUAUGUGGUGGUGGGUGAAGUGGAGCAUAAAAUGUAUGUGGUGUGUAGUUCCACCAACACUCAAGUGCUAAUUUUGAACUCAACUUCACCUUUAACUUCUUUGUCACAUAGAAGAAUCACCAAAAUCUAUACUCCAAAUUCAAUUAACAAGGUUGUUGUUGGAGUUGGAAGAAAAUGGAUGGUGGUUAAUAAUAGUGGUGAAAAUAAAUCAGUUACAACUACCACACAUUUUGAUGAUAACGUUGUAGAUUCAGCUUCAACGGUUGUUAGAAAUUUCUAUGAGGGAAUCAAUACACAUGAUGUGGAUUCUGUGGCGUACCUUAUAGCUGAAAAUUGUGUUUAUGAAGAUCUUGUCUUUCCCAAUCCCUUUGUGGGUCGUAAGGAAAUUAUAGAGUUCUUCAAAAAGUUCACUGAAUCUACGAGCAUAGAUUUGCAGUUUGUUAUAGAUGAUUUGUCUAUGGAGGACUCAUCAUCUGUUGGGGUGAUUUGGCAUUUAGAAUGGAAAGGAAAACAAUUUCCCUUUAGCAAAGGAUGCAGUUUUUAUCGUUUGGAGGUGAUCAAUGGCAAGAGACAAAUAACAUAUGGGCGAGACAGUGUUGAACCUGCAAUUAAGCCUGGUGAUGCAACUUUGGCAGUGAUCAAGAGUGUGACAUGGCUUCUUCAACGAUUUCCUCAGUUGGCAGAUCGGUUAUAGGGAAAGGUUUACAUUAUUUUGGGAAGGGCAUGUCUAUAUUUUCCUUUACAUAGAAUGUUAAUUUGAUUGUAGUUUGGAUUGUGUAACACAUAAGAUUCCUCAAAGCAUAAAAGGUGACAGUGUUGUAUAUACAAAUUCAAACAAAGUUAAAUUUCUGUAAAAAAUAUACAAAAAUUUACUGAAUUCUUUAGCAUUAA